UACAGAUUCAGAGGAAGAUGGGUUUGUUAAUAUUGUGUGUUGUUGUAUUAUUACCAAUUGUAUCAUCACAACUGAGCUCAAGAGAAUGUGAGAAUCUAGGUUUUACAGGACUUGCUCUUUGUUCUGAUUGCAAUACUUUCGCUGAGUAUGUCAAAAAUCAAGAGUUAGUGUCUGACUGUUUGAAGUGUUGCACUGAGGACUCUGAUGACUCCAUGAGCAAGAUCUCCUAUUCGGGUGCAGUACUGGAGGUUUGCAUGAGGAAAUUAGUGUUCUAUCCUGAAAUUGUCGGUUUCAUUGAAGAGGAGAAGGACAAAUUUCCAACUAUUAAAGUUAAAUAUGUUUUCAACUCUCCACCAAAGUUGAUUAUGCUGGAUGACGAGGGUCAGCAGAAAGAAACCAUCAGAAUCGACAACUGGAAACGUGAACAUGUGCUGCAGUUCUUGCGAGAAAAGGUUAAGGCUGCUUCUUAGCUGCUCCACAUUGGUGGAAUAGUUUGAUUUAGUUGACCUCUCUAUAGUGCUGUUUUAAUUUUAAAGUUUUGCUCGAGUUCGUUGCGAAACAGAUAGACUGUCAUUGAUCACUGGACAAUCUCAAUACCUUUUUUUGUACUAAGAUAAAUAUGAUGUGGGGUGAAUUAAA